AUGCCUAGGAGGAAGAACGCCUUCCUGUCAGAUGGCUCGGACUCUGAGGCGUCCGAUUCUGGCGCUUCCAUAGCCGAUUACGAUUCUCAAGAAGACGGCGAUUCUCGAGCUGAAAGAAGGUUGUUUGAGCACAAGGAUAAGAAACGCAAGACUGGAAACAGAGGUGGGAAAGAAUCUGCAUGGGAAGGUAUAUUUGGUGAUGAGCCUGAAGAUGGACAUGGCGGAAGAGGAUUAGGAUCCAGAAAUAAAGGAUCGGCUGGACCUCAUAGAACAGAUUGGACGAAAGCACCAUCGUUUGUAUCUUCUGGCCCGUCUAAGCCCUCAGAUACACUGGAAGAGAACGAUCUGCCUGAAGCACCCUCACCAGAUGACGACGUUGAUGUCGAAGACGAUUCCGAAGGGAGUUCCGGCUCAACAGAAGAUGAAGAAGAAGGAGCGUCUCGUCAGCGUUCGCCUCGUAUACGAGAUGAAGAGGAAGAAGAUCAACCGCCUAGAAGCAUGGGUCUGGGUUCUCACAAUGGAUUUGCUCCUGCAGGUUCUGCACCAAUACCUGAACAAGAAGUUGAGUCCAAAAAGCCGACGGGUGGAAGAGGUGGGAUAGGAUCAGGCGCUCGUGGUAGAGGAGGGAUUGGAUCAUCAAGUCGAGACGCCAGAGCAUCGCCGCCACUUCCGGCAGAAAGCUCCAGGCAAGGCCCACGAGGAGGCUUAGGAUCAUCAGGGGCGCCCGCCAAUCCUAUAGAUGAGUCUGCUCCCUCAAAUAACGUUCCAUCUGCCUUUGGUCGACCACCGCCUCAACUAACAGCGUCAUCCGGUCCUUCUCGUAAACAGCAGUCCUUUGUAUCACGGAAAGCACCCACUGCUCCUGCAAAAACGGCUGCUGAACUCACUGCGACUGAACGUGCACAUUUUGCCAACAUUUCCUCGUCUUUCGGUGCUAGGUUAUUAGCCAAGCAAGGUUGGGAGGCAGGUAAGGGUCUAGGUGUACAAGAGGAUGGUCGAGCGAUACCAAUCCAGGUUGGGAAAGUUUUGAAAGGCAAAGGUAUACAGAGUGGGAUGAGAACGGAGGAUAGUAAGAGGGAAGCACGGAGGAAAGGGGAAGUCUUCUCAGAUGAUGAGGAUGAGCAACCCCAAAGACGUCGCGAUAAAGGCACAAAAGCGACAAAAGAACCAAAAGGAGAGGUAGAACAAGGGUGGAAGAAGCAGAAAAAGGUCAAAGUCAAGGUGGAACACAAGACUUAUGAACAAUUACUUGCUGAAGCUGGAGAUGCAGCUCCGCUAGCAGGAUUGGGUCUGGUGUUGGAUGCGAGAGGAGGGGAGCUGAAAGAGGUUCAAUCUCUAUCGUCAUUAUCGCUUUCGACUUGGACACCGACUUCCGAUAAUAUGAAAUUACCAGAACUGCGGCACAAUCUUCGUUUGAUUGUCGACGUUGCUAAAGGGGAUGUCGAAGGUUUGGUAAGGGAAGGAAAGUCUGUCAAUGAAAGAAGGAGAUGGGCUUUACGUGAGGAGCAGGUAUCGCGUGCGAAAGUCGAAGAAGCGGAAAGUCGUAUAUCUCGUAUCAAACAGAUACAAUCCCUUGUGGAGACUAUUGCAUCGACAGCUGCUGAGCAAUCCAUAACGGCGAAUCCAUCUUUGACUCCCCUAGUCGAAAGUUUCAACUCACUCAUUAUCGGGUUCCAAGACGAAUACAAAUCUCACUCUUUGGACGACAUUGUCGUUGCAGCUAUUGCUCAAGUAACUCGACGUGCUUUCGCUGAAUGGGAACCUUUCGAUGUCUCAACAGACAUCUUACUGUCUUCCCUCAAAACUUGGCGCAAGGCAUACAAUUUACCUAAAGCCGAGGAUCUAGGUGUUGAUCUCGCAGCCAUCAAUGGCUCGGAAGCGAAUGGUCAAUCAAAUCGCAAAGUUGAAAUUGGAAAGAGAACGAUGACGGCCUGGGAAAGCUUGCUAUGGUCUUUAUGGUUGCCCAAAGUCCGCUCAGCCAUCAACAAUGAUUGGGAUCCAAGCUCGCCUCACGCUGCUGUUCACCUAAUGGAGUCAUGGGAACCAAUCUUACCUGCUUUCAUACGUGAUAACAUUCUCGAUCAGCUGGUACUGCCCAAAGUCAAAACAGCUAUAGAUCAAUGGGAUCCGAGAAAAGCGAAACAUUCCAAACAUCCCAGAUCCCUUGCCAGUAUCGUCUUUCCCUGGUUGCCCUUGUUGGGUGAAAGAGGAGAAGAUAUGCUUGAAGGAGCCAAACGACGCAUACGAUCUGUUUUGCGCAAUUGGGUCGUCAAAGACGGGGUGCCAGAAGAGCUUGUCCGAUGGAAGAAGGAUGUUUAUUCGUCGAGCGAAUGGGAUAAACUCAUCAUUCAAUUCGUGCUACCCAAACUCGGCGUCUGCUUGCGAGACGACUUCACUGUCAAUCCAAGAAAGCAAGACAUGGUACCACUGGAAGACUGGAUUAUGCCUUGGCACAAGCUUCUUCGACAGUCAAUGUUCUCACAUCUCUUGGAAGUGGAAUUUUUCCAGAAAUGGCUGGAUAUACUGUACAUCUGGCUUAUUCAGCCUGCUUACAAACCCGACGAAGUAGCCAAUUGGUUUGUUUGGUGGAAAGGCCGAUUCCCUGAAGAAGUCCUGGACAUGCGAGGAAUUAAUCACGGUUUCAACAGCGGUUUGGAAUUGAUGGAUCAAGCCAUGAAAUUCGGUUCUGAAGCACCACAUAGACUUGUCAAACCAACGUUCGUUCCAUUACCGCCUUCUACCAAUUCAAGUGGCAAAUUGAGACCAUCCAAAACCAAACCCGUUGAAACGAAGAAACCGAUCGAACAGGCAGAUAUAACAUUCAGGAAUAUCGCAGAAGAUUACGCAAGUCAACAUGAUUUGAUCUUCUUACCAAUAGGCAAAUCCCACGAUAGAACGGGUAAACCUCUGUUCAAGAUAUCCAAAAAUGUUGACGGCCGUGGUGGUCUCACCAUCUAUAUCGGCGACAACGCCGUUUUCGCCCAAUUCGACGAUGGUAGUUAUAGAGCUGUAUCUUUGGAAGAUAUGGUGAAGAAAGCUAGUGGAGGAAUGUAG